AUGAGAAAGCAAGAAAUUCCAUUGUCCUGUUUUUCUUCAUGUUUGCUUUAUCUUCACUUAGUGCUAUACUUCCAUGAGACUGUUUACAAUGGCACAAAUGCUGCUGAUGCCACAUCUGCCAUUGUUGCAGCACCUCAAGGAGCCAACUUAACCAUCUUGGCACCCCAAAACUAUUUUGGGAACAUUGUAAUCUUCAAUGACCUUAUAACCCUCGACAACAACAUUCACUCUAAGCCUGUUGGCAGGACACAAGGGUUCUACUUGUAUGACACAAAGGAUACAAUCACUGCUUGGUUUGGGUUCUCAUUUAUUCUCAAUAGCACAGACUACCAAGGCAGCAUAAAUUUCAUUGGCCCUAAUCCGGUUUUCGUGAAAACUAGGGACAUAUCCGUCGUGGGGGGCUCUGGAGACUUCUUCAUGCACCGGGGCGUUGCAACCCUAAGGACGGAUGGGUUUGAAGGGAAAUACUUCUUCGGGCUUAGGGUGGAUAUCAAAUUCUACGAAUGUUGGUAA